AGUAGAAUCUCAUUUCAUUAAAAAAAACUGACAAGACGUGUGGCAUGACCUGACACUCCAGCAUUUGACGGUGAAACACGACGCUACAUCGGGAGAAGACAACUCACACGACAGAGCACACACCCCAUACACCUUUUCUCGCUCGUUUGGAACGCAGCCUGUAAAUGACUGACUUAUUUUCUACUUGAGAAAUGGCGAAUGCCACGGACGAAUUAACUCUGUUGGAAAGAGUGUUCCUGCGGAUUGGAUCAGCAGAUACUGACGAACAACUUCAAAGUGCUGUUUCAAAAUUUCUGCCACCUGUAUUGUUAAAAUUAUCAAGCCAGCAAGAUGGAGUGCGAAAGAAGGUUAUGGAACUCUUGGUACAUAUUAAUAAAAGAAUUAAGAGCAGGCCUCUUGUUCAACUGCCUGUGGAUGCUCUUCUUUUGCAAUAUCAGGAUCCGUCAGCAAGCUCUUUUGUUACAAACUUUACUAUCAUCUACAUAAAGUUGGGUUAUCCUAGACUGCCCAUUACUAAACAAGCCGAAUUAGUACCUUGCAUUUUAAAUGCUUUAGAAGGAAAACCUCAGAGUCAUCAAGAUAGCUUGUUAUUGAUUUUGAUGCCUGUCUUGGGCCAUGUGUCAGUGCCUUCGGAUCCAAAGAAGCGCAGUGCAUUAUUUGGCCUCAAUGACCGACCUCACAUAUCCAAAAUGCUUGCUGAUUUCAUGCUAGACCUUUUGUUGUUGCCAUACGGGGCAACUGCUCAACAAGACCAGCAACAACAGAGUUCUCAACAACAAGGAGCCUCUAGUAGUAAUAGUGGUGGUGGCAGUGGCGGUGGUGGUAGUGGUAGUGGCGGUGGCAGCAGUGGCAGUGGUAGUGGCAAUAAUUCCUUUCCAGUGCCAUUAGGCAUGAGUGAGUACAGCUUUAAACGUGUCACUGGAGAAAAUCCAAUGAAACCGGAAGAACUGGAACAAGCUAAACUAGGAGUGGUCAAGUUCCUGUCUGGAGGUGUUAUGCCAGAUGCUGAUAUCCUUAUCCACCUGAUAGUUGCAGCAGCUGAUACAAGGUUUAAUGUUGCUAACGCUGCUGACAUGGAACUCAAGAAAAUUGUUGGGUCCUUGGACUGGGGUAGCCCUACUUUAAUGGCCCCUUUGUAUCAACUUUUUCUGGGCACUCAAUUAUUGGCAACAAAGGCACGCCCCAGUGUUACUAAACCUGAGCUGAGGAGACAACCUGUUGGUACCAGAAUCCGUCUGAAGAUCCUUCCAUAUUUAUGUCGAGCACGUGGUCCAGCUUUGAUGUUUCCUGCUUGCAUUCAGGUGUUUUUUGAUUCACUGUAUGGAGCAAACACUAAUCCACGAUUGAAAAACAUGGCAUUGCAGUUUUCUUUGUUGAUUAUCCUUGGAUCUAAUCUGCAACGAUUGGCUCCUGUGGCUGGAGUGUUACUUUCUGGAUUGUUGAAGCUGAUCUCAGAGGAAGAUGGUUCACUUAAAACAUUAGCUUACAGUGCUGCUGGCAAACUGGGUCACAGAGUUCCUUCGCUAGUUAACAAAGAUUUGGCUCUCUUACAGACGUUUUUUGAAGCCCUCUCUCAGGAAGAACCAGACACACGAAUGUCAGUUCGAGAAGCUCUUCUCAGCAUGGUGGAUGCAUUCAAAUUGGGAUUACAGAAUUCAGCAGAUGCUUCUAGUCGUGCUGUUUUGAUGGAUGCUCUACUUGCUAGCCAAGUAGAAUCUGUGGAACCAAUGGCUCGCUUUGUAGCAGUUCGAUAUGCUGCUACAGUUUUCCCAGCUGAUCAUUCUCCCUCUCGAUAUUUAUUGCUUCUAGCUAGUGGUGACAGUAAAGAUGAAGUGUCCACUGAAGCACUGAAAGCUCUGUAUAAUCCUAAGACCAAUCAAGAGCCAGAUCAACCUCAAAGAUCGAAGGAGGUUUCAAAUGAAAGUAAAAUGGUACAGUUGGUGUUGCCAUCGUUUGAAGAAAUGGUGAAUUUUAUUUUUGACAAGGCUCAAGCUAGGAUGCAAAAUAUCAACACACGGCAUGUGCAGGGGACUCACACUUUGCCUUUCAGCCCUAAUACAUUCACAGAGGUUGUCAUGUAUUUACAUCUUUGCUUGGGAAAAGCAGCAGAAGUGCCGGUAGUUUCACGUGAAGCCACUGUACAACAGCAUCCUUCAAAGCAUACACCUCUUAUUGGGCGUUACUUGAGACAUCUGUGCGAGACAACUGCUGGUUAUAACACUACAGAGCACUAUCUUCAGUUGAUCCAACAACUGGUUUCUGCAAAUGCUAGUGCAGUCCCUUUGGCUUGUCUACUAGAAGCAGUGGGAAGUGCUCCAGAACUUCUUGCAUCAAGAUUUACUGAAAAAUUGAGUUGGUUGCGAGGAUAUCUGACUUCGGCAAAAGAAAAAAUGCGAGAGGUGUCUGCACAGAUGUAUGGUAUUGUUAUUGCACAUGGCUUGAAUGAUCAACAGUUUGAUUCUUCUGUGAAGGAACUUAUUGCUUCCAUAAAGGGCAAGAACUUGGAAGCUCAACAUGGUUGUAUCUUAGCACUUGCUCAUGCUCUUGAACGAAGAGUUACCCUUCUCAAGAAUGAGGAGAAGACAGACAAAUUGUUGUCUUGGCCUGCUUAUAAAGAAGGAGUUCACACUAUUGUGUCCAUGUUGAACCAUCAACACGUCCUGAUUCUUGGUGCUGCUUGUGUGAGUGUUGGUAUACUAGCUCGCUGCUAUGCACUUCCUCUUCCUAAUGGAUCUUGUGAGAAACCAAUGGGGAAACAAGAUGUUGUGAAAAGACUCCAGGAAGUAAUGAGCAAUGCAAAAUUAACCACAAAAGUGAAGGAACGUGCAGCAUUGGCUUGUGGCUUUUUGUGUGUUGGUGAACAAUUCCCUCACAGCAGGAUUAUUAUGCAGGGAUUUCUAGAUAUGGGGAAAGAGAGUCGUGAUGUGGAAAUGCAUUUUACUAUUGGAGAAGCCCUAGUAUGCUGUGUAAAAGGACAAGCUUCUCCUGAUGCACGUGAUGUUUGGAAUGUUUUGGAAUCGGAAUAUGCUCCUCCAGAAUCUGUAGUAAAUGCAAGUAAUGUUGAUUUGGAAUGGUUGCUAGAUCAGCUUCUGAAAAAGUUGGCUCCUGAUCCUCAUCCCAAUUUGAGACAGGCAUCGUGUAUCUGGCUCCUUGCGGUGUUGAAACACUGUCCUAAUCAGCAACCUGUAAUAGAUCGUUUAGAAGCUAUGCAAAGAGUAUUUUUAGAUUACCUUUCUGAAAACAAUGAUAUUGUUCAGGACGUUGCUUCAAAGGGCUUAGGCCUUGUAUAUGAAAGUAGCAGUGGAGAAUCUCGGACUCAGUUGGUGAACACACUAUUGGAUCAACUCAUGAGUGGUCGUCGCUCAGUGGUCCAAGUUACAGGAGAGACAAAACUGUUUGAAGACGGACAAUUGGGCACAGCUCCGACUGGAGGCAACUUGUCUACAUACAAGGAACUUUGCUCAUUGGCAUCAGAUCUCAACCAGCCUGAUCUUAUCUACAAAUUCAUGAAUUUAGCCAAUAACAAUGCUAUUUGGAACUCAAAAAAAGGUGCAGCCUUUGGAUUCUCAAGUAUUGCAAUUGCUUCUGGAGAACAAUUAGCAGCAUAUCUUCCAAAGAUUGUUCCUCGGCUGUAUCGAUAUCAGUAUGAUCCAACACCUCGCAUUCAAGCCUCAAUGGCUAGCAUUUGGAAAGCAUUGGUACCAGAACCUCAGAAAGCUGUUGACCUGUACCAUUCAGAAAUAUUGGAAGAUCUUGUUACUAAUUUAACAAAUUCUCAGUGGCGUGUACGGACUUCUUGCUGUUUGGCUCUUGCUGACUUUUUGCGUGCUGGCAAUAAGACCUUACUUGACUGUUUACCAAAGCUACCUCAGUUAUGGACUCAGUUGUUCCGGGUAAUGGAUGAUGUGCAUGAGGGAACUCGUCAAGCAGCAACCAACACUGUUCGGAUUUUGAGCAAACUGACAGUGCGCAGCUGUGAUACUAAUCAAGGAAAAGGAAGUGAGGAGUUGAUGAGUGUAAUACUUCCAAUUCUUUUGCAGAAUGGAAUAUCAAGUACUGUUUCUGAAAUAAGAAUUGCAAGCUUGCAGUGUAUAUCUCAACUUGUGGGGGCAGCUGGCCCCUUGUUGCGGCCUCAUUUGCCCUUGUUAAUUCCAGCCCUCUUGGAAGCCACUAGUGAAAUGGAGUUACGUGGCCUUAGUCACCUUAGUGUGCAGUAUAGCGCAGAGCAACAGAAACAAGAAAAAAUUGAUUCUCUUAGAGCAUCUGCAGCCAAAAGUCAUUACACGACCGAGACGGUUAGCAAGUGUGUGCAGUACAUGGAUGCAAGUGCAUUAGAGCAGUUAAUACCACGAUUGCUAGAACUAAUGAAGGGUUCUGUGGGUCUUGCUACUAGAGUAGCUUCUGCUCAUUUUAUAGUGUUGCUCACACACCACCUUAAAAUUGAACUUCAACCUUAUACUGGUAAAUUACUGUCUGCUCUUUUUAAUGGCUUGUUAGAUCGAAAUGCUGUUGUGAGGAAAAAUUAUGCUACGACCAUUGGAUAUUUGUUAUCAACUGCUAAGGACUCGAGUGUUGAAAAAUUAUUUACAAAAAUUAGACAGUGGUACUUCGAAAAAGAAGAUGAUUCUGUCAGAUCUGCGUUGGCUUUCACUCUGUUGGCUAUUGGUCAGCAUAAUCAGGAAUUACUAAAGGAGCAUGCUUCUGUUAUUCUGCCACUGGUAUUUUUGGCAAUGCAUGCAUGUAAAUUACCUGAGGGUAGCAGUGUUGAAAUAUGGGAGGAAGUAUGGCAAGAAUCUACUCCUGGUACUGAAGGUGGAAUUAGACAACAUGCUCCGGAAAUUAUUAUGACUCUUAAAGAGGCUUUAGAAUCUCCCUCAUGGACUAUGAAAGCACAGGCCGCUAAUGCCAUUGCAACAGUUGCAAAUAAAAUUGGACCAUUCUUGGACAAAGAAUUUUGUAAUGAUCUUAUUUCCAUAUUAGUGUGUGGCUUGAGUGGAAGAACCUGGAAUGGAAAAGAAAAUCUGCUUAAAGCAUUGUCCACAUUAUGUACAAGUUGCAAAGAUCUACUGAAGAAUGAAGAUUGUUCCUCGUUAAUUGGAGCUGUAUUUAAAGAAUGUCGCAAAGAUCAACUUGGCUAUAAGAGAAAUGCUCUUGUAGCUUUAGGUGAUAUCCUUUCGGCUUUGGAAGUUGAUCGCUUUGAUGAAGUUUAUUCCAUUGUGCAAGAUGUGUUAACUGAGAGUUCUGCUGAAAAUGGUCACAGUGAAGAUGAUGAAUCAAGUCGCCAGGAACAACUACUACAGUUAAAAGAAGUUGUUUAUGAGACAUUGGGUAAAGCCUGGCCAUCAAAUCCUGAGACACAGGUACGAUAUCACGAGCAACUUCUGGAGCAGUGUGUUUCCCAUUUGGAGGGAAGUACACGAGGAGUGCAAGUUGCAAUGAUUGCUGCUCUUCAUCAUUAUGUAUCCAAAUUACAUCUUUUGGAACCUUCUGCCCUAGAAGACAUAAGCAACCAGGAAAUUUUGUCUACAAUCAUUGCUCAGAUCAGCAAAGCUCUAAUUUAUGCACUAGGAGUUGCCAAGCACACAAGACUGAAGAAAGAGGCUUUAAAUGUUCUGUAUUUAUUAGUAAAAAGAUUGCAAGAAACAAAACAGACUGCAAUUUUGCAAAUGGUAACCGAAUCACUGUGGGAUCACCUUGAGGAAGCUGGUCGAGAAAAUGCACCAGAGAUUAAAUCAAGGGUUGUCGACAUCAAAGAAUUAAUCAAUGUGAUGUUGAUAGAUUUUAAUGUUGAAUUUUCUCCGAUAGAAAUCGUAACUCAUUUGACAAUGGUGAAUAUGAUUGAACCUGGUUUUAAAUCUACAAGUGGAUAUGAGAAAUCGGAGUGUCGCCGUUCUUCCCAAACAAUUGCCGUCAAGACGUCGGUCCCUUCAGUUAUCAAGUUGGGUGGUGCAGGCGGCGGUUCUGGAACGAACCGUAACUCAGGGCAGGUUCAACGCCAUGUGGUUAGUGCAGGAGCUUCCUCUACACCAGAGAUGGUACGAACAACUACCACAAGAAUCGUGCGGGCACCUUUCACAUCUGGUCACAACCUCAGCAGUACAUCUGUGGGCAGCACAAUCAACAGCUAUGUUAUGGGGACACCAACUUCAACAGCCUUUAUAUCAUCUCCUGCGGGCGGGAGACGUAACACAUCAGUUAGCACGUACAUUCCAGUACAGUCUCAACAAGCAAGUGGAGAAGAAUCCAUGAGUUUAAUCGUUCAGUUAGGUACUACUGUAGUGGCAUCUACAAACUCUCAAAUUGUGUCAAAUACAAUGACAGUUGCAAAAACUGCAGCAGGCACUGUGUUGACUAAUCGAAAUGUAAAUUAUCAUGAGCAACGUUUAGUGAAUAAAGUGUCUCAACAGAACAAUUCUCCUGUGCUCCAUAGACAAUCUAAUUCUACAUCACUGUCUCCUGUUGCUACAGCCCAUCUUCAAAUACAACAGCAGCUGAUGACAAAACCGUCAUGUAUUGUUGAAGUUCAAACUCCAAAACCAGAAAAUGUGAAGAAAGAGGAGGUGCAACCCACUGAUGAUUCAAAUAGUGAUGAUGAGAACAUUGGUGAAGAAAAAAGGCCAACAUACUCGGGACAACUUGCUAUGUCAUAUCAAUUUGCCUUGCAAGAUCAUAAUUAUGGUGCUCCUCCACCAGUAUCGCCUCCGCCUUCUCCAGUUCCCCAACAUUCUAAAGUCAGUUCUUCGGUUAAUGGAAUCUCGGGGGGAAAUAACUCAGUGUCAUCCAGUUCAGCAUCUUAUACAUAUGGUACUGGCCUUUCAAGUCUUCGGAGUUCCACGGUAAAAAAGAAUGAAGAGGAAGAAGAUGAGGAAGAGGAAGAUGAUGAUGACGCCAAUAGUGUCAUUAGUAGUAAUCCUGGCCGGGAUGUGGAACCAGAGGGAGAGGAAACAGAAACUGCACCAGAAGGAGAGGGUGAUGAUGAAGAUAGUGUCACUAGUGAUUUUGAGCAUGAUGAUGGUGUUUGGCAGCAUGUGGACUGUAUGGGCAUUGAUCGCUCAAACAUUCCAGAGGAGUAUUUAUGUGAACGUUGUCAGCCUAGAAGAGUUGAUAAGCAACGUGCACGUACUCUUCAGAUGCGUAAACGUGAAGAACUUCUUAAUAAUGAUAGUUCAAGUGAUGCUAGUUCCACAACAUCAGCAGAUACAGAUAGCAGUAUUAUUAACAAUCCAAUUCUUAGUGUUAGAAAACGUGCUGUAGCCCCUUCUGUCGCUAGAAGGAAAAGUGAUCCUGUGAGUUCUAGUAGAAAAAACAAUGUUGCCACAUCAAAUGCUGCUAGUACAUCUCAUAUUGUCAAACAAAGACAGAGAAGGGAUACAACGACAUCAUCAACAACAGCAACAGCAGCAGCAACAACAACAACAACAACAAUAACAACUACAACCACAAACACAGCAACUUCUACUUUGCACAGGAGGGGUAGUACUAAUCAGACUAGAAAGAGAGAAACUCCCUCUCGUGUUGUUGAGAAAAGGAUACCUAUGAGAAGAAAGAGCAAAAGUAGAUUAAGUGAUGAUGAAAAAGAAGAUAUUAAUCCAGGAAUGGCAAUGCAGCAGUUGAGGCAAUGGAUCGAUAAUUAUGAGGAAGCUGUUACAAAUCACUAUUCGCCAGAGUUACGUGCACGACUUACUAGUGCUAAAGCAAAUGGCACUCAUGCUGACCUGAAAACGAGCAGUAUUCAGAAUCCUGGCAGUAAUACUUCUAAGUGCCGAGUGUCCCAAAUUUCUGCUGGUGUACGGAUCCUUGUUGCUUCAUCUGUAUUGGCUGCAAAUUGCCCUGUUAUUGAGAUAAGGGGGAAAUACAUGCUGUCAGGGCAACAUAAGCCAGUGUCAUUUACAGGUGUAAACACCAAAAGAUCAAGACCACCUCCUCCAGGCCCUUUCCUUUUCUUCUAUCGAUUGCCUAAGGACGGCACUGAAGUCUGUGUUGAUGCAAGGACUUAUGGUAAUGAUGCAAGAUUUGUCCGUCGAUCUUGUAAACCAAAUGCAGAGUUAAAGCAUUGCAUUGAGAAGGGAGCACUACAUCUGUACAUUGUUACUCUCUCAUCCGUGGAGAAAAAUGAAGAAAUCACAAUUAACCAUUAUAUUAGUCAGGAAUUGAUGGGUCAAAAUCAUAUGCGUUUUAAUUGUGCUUGUGGGAAUCCUAAAGAAUGUACUGCAUUGAGCCGUAAAAAUGGCAUACAUGAGCCUUUUGAUCGUGAGCGUAGGAGGCGUGGCAGGAGAGCAGUCUCUUCGGAAGAGGACCUCUCUAAUCAGCCUCCUGCAAAUCCUCCUCCUAAUCAACCUGAUACAUCACCUGUUACAAAUACUCCACUGAGAAGGAAUUCCAGUAGUACGAGGUCUCCAGUUAAAACUCAGCCUCCUCCCCUCAUUGUUGAAGAAUCUCGAGAAAAAAUUAAAGAAGCAGAGAUUAUUGAGUCGGUUAAUGAGAAAGUGGAUAAGAAAAAAAUGACGCGGGAGGAGCGAAAAAUGGAAGCAAUUAUGAAAGCCUUUGAAAGAUUAGAGAAGGCUGAACAGAGACGACAAGAAAAUCAGGCAAAGCAGGCUCAACGCAAAGAACAUGAUAUACCGCGGAAAGAGAUUCCAGAGGUGAAGAAGGAAGUGGAGAAGGAAAUGCCUCAGCCUAUUCUGGCUUCUAAGCUUCCAAUAGAAAGGCCGCGGAGGAGGAGUAGUGUUAUGCAUUUGUACAACAGGAAAAAAGGACGUCGGUUGAAUAGUACCAGUCAGCCUAUGCCACCUCAAUCGAAACGACGCACCAGACAUAGUUCAGUGGACUCGGAUGGAUCAUCUGGUGAUGAGGCAGGCACUGGAUGUAGAGAUAUUUCAACUCCUUCUCCACCACCACCACCACCACCACCUCCUCCUCCUCCUCCCCCUCCUCCUCCUCCUCCUCCACCGCCACCGCCACCACCCCAAACAUUGCUCCCAUCGUCACAGUCAUUGCCAUCAUCAUCACAGCCUCGUUCACCAGGUCGAACCAGCAGCUCUUCUAAUAUUGCUGAAAUGUCCCCUGCUAGUAGACUACAGACGGCAGCAGGGUUAUUGUUGGCCCUGUCUAAUACUCAAGUGUCAAGUGUGUCUCCGACAUAUCAAACCCAACAGAGAGAUAACUCUCCUCCUCCACCGCCUCCACCCAUUACUGGAAGUACACCACAGGCACAUGGUGGAGUCAAUCCUACGCUAUUUAGUAGUGUGUGUGACAGUGGAGGUAGUACCAGCAGUAGUUCCCAGGGAUCAACUCCACCUACACCACUAUCUGCAGCUUGUUUGAUGGUAGCAGCUGCCGUGGGACCAUUGGCACCUGGCUUCAAAUUUCCUAAAACAAAAAAGGUACUAAUGAAUGAAUGGCUUAAUAAGUCACCUGACCCUCCUCCCACAAUACCCUCUCCAACUCUACCAACAGUUACAUCUCCAGUACAUCAUAGUAGACCCCCAGAGACAGCAGAAGCUGUGGAUUGCAUUCCCAUACCCACUAAGUCACUUGCUACUUUAGUUCAAGCAGCAAAUCGGGUGGGAAUGGGAAGUCCUACUCCUCAAUCAGGUCGUCCGGGUGGGACUUCUAGUGGAGGAUCUGCCAAGAAACGAUGGCUUCGCCAGGCCAUUAGUGAGGAAUGCGAUUCUCCCAACAACAAUUCUUGCCCAAGUCCUAAUAGUAGAGCUGGUUCUCCUCCAUGUCCAGAUUAUGUGACUCCUUUAAAGAAAAGACGAUUUGCUCGUGAAUCAAUGUCAUCAGAACAGUCAUUUACUCCUCCAACAACUCCGACAAUGACUGGAGAUCCUUCGCUUUCCAAUGGCUCACCUGUACCUAAAGAAGUAUCGCAUUUUGAAAUAGCAGCUAAUGCCUUAGGAGUGGCAUGUGAUGAUGAUGAAAUUGAUGGCUCUCCAGAAGAUGCAGGAACACCACAUACCCAGGAUGAUGAGGAAGAGUAUGAGGAAGUAGAAAUGAAGGGUGAAAUUGAAAAUGAUAUUAAUGAUCAUAGAUAUGAAGAAGAUACUCAUACUGUUACAGAAAUGAAUACAAAUUUGCGAUGCACUGGGGAGCCUGUAUAUGAAGAGGAUGAUGCCCAUUCCCUGAACACUGAAUGUAGAAGUCAGAAUGUGACAGAAAGUGAUAAAUUAGUUGAUACAGGUGAUGAUUCUGAGGAUGAGCAUACAAGGAGUAAAGCAAGGACACCAGUGAACGAACCUCUGGAAGCAGACGACUUAGAUGCGUUGAAAGUGUCCAGUGGGGAAGAAGCAUUGGAUUCUUCAGGGAAUGUAGAAGAUACAUCUGACAUGGGAACAGUGUGUGUAGUUAAAGAGCAAAUGGAAUGUGAAAAUUUGAAGGCAGCUGUUUCAGUGGGUAUGUUUAAAACUCCUUUAGAAUUAUCUGACGAGUGUAACACAAAUUUUAAGAAGCCUGCCGAUGUUGAUUCAGCUGAAGGUGAAACGACGUCGCGGAAAGAUUCUCCUUUGUCUAUUUCGGAGUAUCGGCAACGCAAGCAGAGGACAAGUAGUUGCUCAGAGCAGCCACCUCGUCCUGAAGAAGGAGAUAACACUUUGACUACUUCCCCAGCACGUGUGCGUAAUCGCUCAGAUAGUACCAGCAGUAGCUCCUCUUCCAUAUCUUCAGAUGAUGCAAGAACAAAUAAAAUUCUUGCUGAUUCACCUGCCUGUCUUGCCACAUUGCCUCUAUUUCUGCAUCCUGAAGGCAAUGACGAACGGAAAGGAACGGGGGAGGAUGUUAACUAUGUACGAUGGAAUUCAGCUCCUACAUUAGUGGAAAGGCAGAGAGAGAAUCUCACAGAGAGACUUCGACGGGAAUUUGGUCUGUUUUUAAGUGAUGAUGAAGAACAAGAACGUGCACGGAAACAAGGUCUUGCUCAAGAAGUGGCAAAAGACGGCAAGAAAAAAGGGCCUCCUCCUCCUCCACCACCUCCCUUGCCACCACCUGAUUCGAACAGUCCACUUCUGACAGCCAAUGCUACUCUUAAUAUUUAUCCAUCGCCUCAGAAAGUUCAUUCUGGAUCAUCAGCUACAAGCUAUCCUGUUCCCAAUCCAAAUAGUUCUGUCUCGUAUAAUCCAAAUUAUGUGCCAGCUUCUGGUGCACCCCGCCCUCCAUCCCUUAAUGGUCCAUCAUAUGGCUCUGUUUACCCUGUAUCAGGUCCUUUAAAAGGGCAGAUCUAUCAAGGAUUUUCAUCGAAUAUUUCUGGAAAGAAUGUGAGUGCUGCUAAAAGUAGCAAAGUACCUCAUUUUCCACCUGGAUCAGCAAACUCAUCAAAUUUACCUACACCUCCCAAAUCGUAUUAUUUAUCCUCUAGCAGUUCCAAUUGCAAUGGUCCAUUUCCUGUUCCUGGCCAGUACCCACCCCCCUCUACAGGAAUAUCUCAGCCUCAACAAGUUGUAAUGGUUGCACCUCCAAGAGGAGUUCCUGCUCCAGGCCCACAACCACAUUACCUUUCAUCGGCUUUGCCUCAAACAGGAGGUCAUCAAGCAAGUUCUACAAGCCAGCAACAGACACCUACCAACCCUUCUGGUACCUUUUACACUGUUGCCUCAGCAAAAGCAUAUUAUCAGACUGCUUCUCGACCAUGAAAGAUUUGUGUGCUCAGCAAAGAUGCCCGGUGAUCUCUUGUUUUUUGUGUGGCAGGUGUUUUAUGAAAACAUAUUUCUAGUAGUUUGUUGGACAAUAUUGUACAUUGAUAUGUGUAGGUUUAAACGUAAAAUGUUUGCUUGAAACAAGUACAUUUUAUAGUGUAAAUAUUUUUCCCCAUAAUUUACAGCUCUAUUAUUUAAGUGUAAAUUUUCUUGUUAUUUCUUUUUCUUCUUUCUUUCAUUUGUGUAUUUCUUUGUAAAUAUUGUACAGCUAAUAAUGUAUUUGACAGAGUUGAGAAUUCUCUAAAGUCUUAUGUUAAUUUUUAUACUUGUAAAGUGCUGCAAAAUGUAAUAUUGUGUGAAAGAAACACUGUUUUUGUAUUGCAUAGGUGAUGGAUUCAAAAUCUUGAAAUGAUUGUUGUGCCAUGGGAGUAUGUGAAGUGAACCUGAAGGUCUUCCUGCAGGUGCAUUUAGAAUUCAGUACAAUUGGGCAAUCAAGGGAACAUGUUUUAUACAACUCUUAGGUGUGAUCCUUUUUAUCAUCAUUAUUUUUUUUUCUUCUAAUUUUAUUUUAUUUUAUUAUUUUUUUUUUUUUAAUUUUUGGGAGGGGGGUCAUACUUGCCUGUGCUAAUUUUUCUUCCCGGUGUUCUUGUUCUUAACGUUCGUUACAUAACCUUAGUGUAGUGUAUGCAUCUAUCCAGUAGAAUACUGUUAAUGUUUGUAUUUGUUCCGUGGAGUUACGAAUAUAAUAUUAUAUAUAUAUACAUAUAUAAAAAAGUUUAUAUAUAUAUAUGUAAAUGUGUAGUACAGGAGGUGGUGUUUGUAGCAUCGUGUUGCAGUGAAAACCGGUAUUACUGUGAUCCACAUACCGUGUGUGUGUGUGUGUGAUCAAAAAUGCAGUGCUUCUUGAACAUUAAUUGGAUUUUAUUCCAUUUAAUAAGACAGCAAAUUGUGAAAUAUGUACAGUAUUUAAUAUUGUACAAUUAUUUUAUUUAUAGCUUUAAAGCAAACCAGUGUUUCUAAAAAAAUAGUUUUAAUAUUUUUAAAAUGCCUGUAUAUAGAUAUAGUCAGAGCUUCAUACUUUAUGCUCAUAAACAAUAAGAUUUCACAUUGAUAAAAUCUUAUUUAGUGUGCAAUGAGAAUAUUUACACUCUUGUUUUCUUGAUAACUUUGAGCCUUGUUAUAAGUUAAAGAAAAUUUUUACAUGUUGCAGUAUUGUAUUUGUUACAAUCUACGCUACCUUUGGAAAAAAUGUAUUUUCUUUUGUUUCUUGUUCAUUUAGUUUGAAAAUAAAAUAUAGAUCUGGUUAAUAGAUUUUCAUGUCUUUUGUUAUUUUUUGACAAGUGAAAUGUUCAGAAGUCCUGCAUUCUUUUGUUUCUUAAUGGGCUUCAGUUUCCAAAGGGUUGUUCGGCGUGUAUGAGAAAAUCUUCCCUUGUCCUUUGUGUUGAAGACAUCAUUGCUACUAGCCCAUGACCACAACGUUUUUGAAAUUGUAUGUGACACCUCUGAGUUUCUAAUUAUGGAAUGUGUUUUUCUCUAAAAUAUUAAACCAAAAGGAAAGUACAAGUUAGUGCAUAAAACAGUGAAAAUUUAGACAUUUGUGAUCUAGCUAGUAGUUUCAAUUUGUAGCAAUGUGACAUUUUCUCUGCACUCAAAAAUUGGGAGAUUAGUAAUUUCUGAUGCAUUCAGUCAAGUCUAUUAAUUUCAUUACUUAUUAAAAUUGAAUUUUUGGCAGUUGUAAUUACAUAAAGUUAUAAUUUAUACUUAAUUAAAAGUUGAAUAAACGAUUGUUCUUGCUAUUAAAUAUUCUUUUUUUUAUUGACUACUUAUUUAUUAAAAAGUCAUUUCUUCAAUUUGGUGCUAGGACAGGUUAAAAGAGGACAAAACCUAUUUUAAUUCAAUAAUACACUAUUUCUGUGUAUUCUGUUGUGAAACUGGAAAUCAUUUGAAAAUACUUUGUCCUUGAUUUGUGGCAGUGUUGAGAAAUGUUGCUUCAAUUUAUAAGUAUUAAUUAUCUUGAUUAAUACAAAUGUUUCUGCUUAUAAUGAGAUUUUACAAAGAAAAUAUAUUUGUUAUCUUUUGAACAUAUUUUAUUGAUAUGUUUUUAGAAGUUUUAUUUUUGAAAAGCUUAUUUACAUUUUAUACUUAAAAUCUGUUUUUGGUAGCAUGUUGUUUGUACGGCAAGGACAGGUGUGCUACAUUCGAAGCUAGUCAUUCUUAAGUGUCUAUACCUAUGUUUCAAUCUUUCAAUGUUGCUUUCUAUUUGUUUUCAAUGUAUUUUUUUGUGUCAAAGGGUCUGAAGAAUACACAAUUAGGAUGUAAGCAUUGAAAUUAAAAUAAUACUAGUUUAAUAUUUUUUUGCUAAUUUUGUGAAUGCAUAUUAGCUUUAUUUGACUAAUUUAUUUUCUCCUGACCAAUGUUUACUUGAAAUGUAUAAAAUGUGUAGGUCCAUGGGAUGUGCAUCAGUAGGAAAUUACUUGUGUAUAUGUGAGAGUGCAUGACUGUGUAUAAUUGUUAUGCUACUUUAAUACAACGAUACAAUGAGUGGCAAGAUACAUCAUAUUGUUUGGUACAAUGUAUAUUUUAAUUUAAUUCAAAAUUCAAGUUACUGUCUGGUAUUCCACUUAAAAAAAUAUUCUUAAAUUAAUCCACUAAUGUAAUUAGCAAGUUGCAACAGGAAGGUGAACAAGAGAAUUGUCCAAGUACUUAGGUAGUACUAUUUUUCUCCUUGUCUCUAUUUUAAGUUCUCUUAAAACUAUGACAUUAGCAACAAGAAUAUUUGUUUGUUAACUUCAAAUAUGUGCAUUACUGUUUGUGUGUGUACUGAAAAUGACAUCAGUUAAGGAAGAUUGAAUUCUUUUGCUUCAUAUCCCUCAAAACUUGCUGAUUCAGGAAUAGAUAAUUUAUUAAUUUAAUAUUUUCUCUGUGACCGUUUCAAUUGUCUAUGAAUUCUUUUGCUUUAAAUCCCUCAAAACUUGCUGAUUCAGGAAUUUAUGAAUUAAAUAUUUUCUCUGACCAUUUUAAUUGUCUGCAAUUCAAAUUGUUUUGUACUCUUGUAUUUGUGUUGCGAUAUAAAGUCAUAACAUAAUUCUGAAAAAAAAUUUCAUGUCUCAGUACAAAUUCUGUGAUUUUUUUUUUGUUUAGCACAAUCAUAGCAUGUGAACUUUAUUGUUUAAAUUUAUGACAAUAUUAUUUAUGAAGACUGGGAAUUAAUCUGGAUAGUUGCCUAAAAUAUCUGCCCUAGAUAUGCUUGCCAUUUUAUGUUAUCUUCAGUUUGUAAAUGAAAGGAGUGUAAAAUUUGCUGUAACAAUGUGUACAGAAGAGACUUGUGAGAAAAUGUAUUUCCUUUUUAUUUUUCUUUAUUUAAGGAAAACGCAUGUCCUCUAUUAACAGUUACCUAGUUUACUUUUGGUGGACGUGGUUUUGAUGGUGCACAUAGGAGAGUACAAAGAUUCUUUUAUAUUGUACACAGUGUAUGAUGUAAAUACGAAUUUGUGUAGCUUAGAAUUGCUCUUUGAUUACUGUGCUACUUUUAAGAGAUUUUUCUCUUGUUCCUUCGUAUGUAACGCAGUUGAUUUUUUAAGGAUUAGAUUCAGUGAGGCCACUUUUAAGGUCAAACACUGAAUUCUAUACAUAAGUGUAUAUUUUAAAUGGUGUACAGCUUGUUUCACAUUGUGUAGUGAAUAUCACUUGUGACGGUAUUUCACUUAUAUAGAAAAGUAAAUAUUAUGUUUUACCUUGUACAUAUGUUAAUUACUUUGUGAGAUAAAUUUCUAAAAAUUGUAAAAAUUAUUAUGCUCAAACUGGGAGCAGAAGCACUAAAGUAUGCAAAAAAUUCAAAUAAUAAAGUUAAAAAAA